CUAGCUUCCUUGUACUUGAAACAACCUAUUUACAACCUUAGCCAACAACAGAUCCAAGUCUUUUAAUUAAGACUGCGGUACUCAAAAUAGUACUCAAGCUGCUACAAUCUCUCAGACUUAUAAAGCGUUCCAUCUGUCCCAUCAGGCUCAUCUCAAACUUGGACUAGGUAGGAAGGGGCCCUGGUUGCGACACCAUGGCUACGGCCGAGACCCCUCUUAUACACAAGGAGCCUGUCGCACACGAUUUUGUCGUGACUUCCCAACAAGACAUAACUGGUAGCCCAGAGAGACCCGAUCACACGAGCAAUAUUGACGAAGCCGCUGGUGGAGUAGCCUUUGAGACGAGCAUCCAUCCCAGCGCGAAGCCCGAUACGAUGACGACGGAGCCAGAAAACACAGAAAUGCAGCCUCUUCAUGAAGAUGCUGGCUCAGGAGGAGUGCCCGCCGAGGCUGUGGCAUCGCCCAAGGCUGCCGGGGAGACCAGUCACACCUCUCAAAAAGACCAAGAAGCUACGCCACCAAAGCUUGACGCGGAUAGGGCGAUGUCGCCUCCCUCGUCAAGAAAGCGUGGUGCGUCAGAAGCAAGUCUGGAGCAGGAACCCGACAGACCCAAGCAGCGGCGACGGGACUUUUCACAGGAGGAGAAGAAGCGCGGGCAACGCCUGUUUGGAGGGCUGCUAAGUACCUUGAGCCAGAAACCUCCCGGGCGACGGCAGCCCGUCGACCGGAAACAGCACGAGAAGACGCAACAGCGCAAGGAAGAAGAUAACAGACGAAAGGCCGAGAUCCAGGAGAAGCUAGCGAAACUCAACCGGAGACGGAAGAUACAACAAAUCAAGCUUGACGAACAGAUUAUGCGUGCCCGCCACGAUGACAUGCUGGCAAAAGCGCAUAGCUUGCGGACUAACACUCGACCACCAUUGUACUAUCGUCCAUGGGAUUUUACCAGUGAAGAAGAGGAAAUAAUCGACGAACAGGUCCGCGACGCAAAAGAAGACAUAGAACGAGAACUCAAAGAGUUUGAGCGCACCAAACAGCAGAGACUUGAGCAGCUGGGAGUGCAGCCUUCAAAGAAGCCCACAAGUGGCGAAGACGACAGAAGAGCCUCAACGGUCGGUGAGCCUCUUGACACUGAAGUACCUAACUCAACCAGAUCAUCAGAUGCUACUAAUCGUUCCCACCCCAAACCGGUUGAAAGAGACCAUGACGAAGUCGUCGAAACAGAGGAGGACACGGUAAUCUAUUAACAUGGACAGUCUUACUUCGGUUAGGGCUAUCUGCUCUGACUCUUACAUUAUAUUUGUGUACCCAAUGUGUUGAUAAUGAUGAAGGUUACAAGAAAACAAAAGACUGUAAUUCAUGCCUCU